GGCUUAUCUAAAAUGACUCAAUAGUUACAGUACUACAGUUCAUGGACGUCUCUAUUAGUCACGAUAUGAAAAAAGGUCAGUUAUUUGCCGGGUGAUAUCACAACAGAGCGGAAAAAAACAUGUUACAGCAUGAUAGAACUACUGACGCGAGGAAUUACUUUACAGUAUACCUGUAUGUUACAGAGGGGAGGAAUUUAAUGUACUGUGCCUAAGAUACAGAGAGUGAGGGUUUAACAUGACGUGGCCGAUUCAGUUAUCAAUUCACGCUGUGACAAGACAAGGUAGAGUCGCGCGCGCAGAUUGGUUGUGAGGGUAACAGUAAUAAUGGUGUUGGAUGGUCGUUAGUGGCGGCGGUGGCGGCGAGGCGGGGCGAGGUGACUAGCUUGCUAGUGUGGUUGUGACAGGAGUGAAGGCGACACCCUCCUCCCGCCCUUCGUCUGUCUGUUUAUCAGCAGUGUUGGCGCACUCAUCUCUAGUCCACAGUCCUCGUUCUUGACUAUUUUUUUAUGUUAUUUGUUUGGGUUCGUUUGUUGUUCUGUCAGGGCCUACGGUUUGUUGCUGUUGUUGUUGGGCCAGCGGUUGUUGUUUUUAUUGUUGGCACUGUUUUAGUUGUUUUGGUCUUUUACUUAUUUUAGGGAUCGUUUGUUUUAGUGUUGCCCUUCGCUUCUUUGUUGAUGUUUUGUUUUAUCUGUUAAAGGUUUAUUUGGUUUUGGUUUAUUGUUGUAAGUGGUCAGUUUUAGUUGUUCACCAGAGAAAUGAGUCCAGUUAUGGCUUCCCCCUUCAAGUCUCCCAUAGCUGUGCUUACCAAAAUUAAGCAGUGGUCAUCACGCAAGUGUCAGCGGGAUGACCCUCCUCCUGUUGCCUCCCCUACCCAUACUCAGAAUUCCCUCCAGCCACCUGACUCAGCAGGCGUGCAUUAUUCAGACCCCUGCUGCACACCACAGCUCAACCGCUCCUAUGUGGUCACCACCCCUGACAGUGGUGUCCACACAGGGCCCUUGCUUCCCAGGCUGUCAGGGGCAGGCAGUCCAUCAGCAGUCUUCCAGGGCAGUAGUCCUAUUCCUAUCACCAGCAAUACUCCAACCUCAAGCCACUGUCAAAGACUGAGAGCAAUAAAAGAAGCUCUUCACUGGAGCAAGCUGGUGCUCUCAAAGGAUGCCCACCCAGAUAUCACACACAAGCAGGAAUCCCAGUCUCGGAAUCCCUCCUGCUACAGUAAGGAUGCCCACCGACCAUCAGUCACAUCAGUCGCUUCAUCUGCCAUCUCCUUCGCCACCACCACCACCACCCUUCUCAGUGAGAAUUCUUACAGUGACUCUUCAGAGUAUGGAGAGUCAUGGUGCCUCAAGCUGUCAGACUUGGACUCCCCGGCCUGUCUGUCUCCACGCAGGCCAGGAUGGCCCAAACUUGUGUCUGAAUCAGAAAAGUUCUUGAGCAAACCGAGUUCAGAAGUUGAUGAAAAGUCUGAAGGGAUAAAGGUCAAUUCUGAGGCAUAUGUGGUAGUGGAUAAAUUGAGGCAAAAUGUUGGUUCCAGUGAGGGCAAGGAUGCCAGUUGUUCUGCAGAUUUUGGCAAUGUUCAGAACAUGGGCAUCAAGGAUGAGUUCCAUCAGAAGUCUAUCUUGGUGUGCAUUGACCAGCUCCAGAAUGGGUGUCAUGAAGGCAUCUGUCCCGGUGAAAAGCUGGCCUCAGGUGUUGGAGGUGUGGAGUGCACCACCCCAGCGUCCCACCACAACCUCCGCAACCACUCUUUCCAUGACCUCCACCGCUGUGACAAGUGUGGACUCCACCUCAGAGGGUUCAUUCACCAAGGACAGUUCUGCCAAGACUGUGGCCUCGUUGCUCACCGGACUUGUGCUGCCACUGGCCUGCCUCCCUGUGUUAAGCAAUCAUCCAACUACUUCUGUCGCCUUAUGCUGUCCUCUGUCUUCGGUCUGAGUCUGUGCUCCCAGUUUGCUCCUGUGGAUACCCCCGCCCCGUUGCUCCUCGUGAGAUGUUGCCAAGAAAUUGUGUUCCGUGUCAAGAAUGACCCCAACCUUGAUCCUUACCGCCUGUACCGCACUCCCCCCCAACAGGAGACUCUGGCUCAGCUGAGACAAAGCUGUGACGAAGAUAUGUGUAGUGUUGACCUUAGUAUUUAUGAGCCACAUGUUAUUGCGUACCUGAUCAAGAGAUACCUUCGGGAGCUCCCACAGCCAGUGAUCCCAGAGUCUUUCUAUGACCGCUUCAUUGAGGCCACUCGGAUCCACAAUGAUGACCAGUGUGCCAAGUGUAUUGCCCUCAUGGUGAAGGAGCUCAGUCUUCAUCAUUAUUAUACUUUGCAGUUCCUGAUGAACCACUUCCUUCAGCUGUGUCAGCUACAAGUCAACAGAGGCAUCAUGGAGCCACCCACUCUCCUUAUCCAGUCUUUCUGCCAUGUUCUCCUCAGACCUCCUUGGGAAAAGAUUGUAGAGCUGGCACGCAACACUGAGGCUCACAUGAGGAUUGUGGAAAUGCUUCUCUUGAAAGUUGAUUGGGGAGAGAAGGUGCCCACGUUUGCCCCCGCCCCAGCUCUGCCCCCCAGACCUACCCGUUCUUCAGUCGUCAACCCCCCAGAGGAGCCAAGUCCCCCCUCCCCACCUUAUGGCUCUGAUGCAGCCCUCAACUCACCUGUGUAUGUGUUCACCAUCCCGCCCUGCGCCCCCAAGGCCCUGCAGGAAGCAGAGUGGUACUGGGGAACCAUCACUCGUGAGGAGGUCAAUCUAAUAAUGAAGGACGCCAAGGAUGGGACCUUCCUAGUGCGUGACGCCUCCACUGGUAACAAUGAGUACACCCUCACCCUACGCAAAGGCGGCUCAAACAAACUAAUCAAAAUUUGCCACCGGAAUGGAAAGUAUGGUUUCACGGAACCCUACAGUUUCAACUGUGUGGUGGAGCUUGUCAACUACUGCUGCCAGCAGAGCCUCAUUCAGUUCAACAAGGCCCUGGACAUCCGGCUGCUGCACCCUGUCAGCCGCCUCCAUGGGGAGGAGCCCGAGGGUGCUAGAAUGAGGGUGGAAGACAUCAUGAGUCUUCUCAAUGAUCUCAACAAGCAGUACCAGUCCAAAACAAACCAGUACAACAAAAAUUACAAAUACCAGCAGACACUCUCCCAGGAAAUUACCAACACUCGGCAAGCCGUGGAUGGCUUUGCGGAAACCAUGGCCUGGAUUGACGACCACCUCAAGCUGCACGAGAAGUUCAAGAAUGAAGCACAGCCACAUGAAGUGAAUGAUUUGCUUGACAACAAGAAGAUCUUGGUUGGACGCGUGGAGAGAGUGAGGAAAGCCCACAGUGAGUACGAGAUCCUCCUUAGUAGCCUGAAGAGAGAAAGUUUGAACCUGGAGAGGAAAUCUCAUGGCCUGAAGAUGGAGGUUCUUAAGUUGGCCAAGCAGGUGGACCAUUUCAAGAAUGUGCUUCUCUCCCGAGGAUUGUCUGCUGACCUUGACCAGACAGAGCCCUCCCAGGUGCCCCAACCCUGCCCAGAGCUGCACAACCAGUCACUCUGGGACUUUGAAGAAUUCACAAGAAAUGCAGCCAUUGAGUUGCUAACAAACAAACCUGAUGGGACGUUCCUCAUCAGAACCUCUCAGAAUGGAGGCUACGCUUUGUCCAUUGCGUGCAACAAGGAGGUUCAGCACUGCAAAAUCCAUCAGGGUGAGCAUGGGUAUGGGUUUGCCGAGCCAUUCCUCAUCUACCCAACACUGAGAGACUUGGUUCUUCACUACUCUGAGAAUUCCCUCCUCAUGCACAAUGACCUGCUCAACACUACCCUCAAGUACCCUGCUCGGAUGGCCAGCUAGUAAUAGUCUGAAAAGCAACAAGUGUGGAAUGGUAAUGUUGGUGGAUAACUGAAGCUUCACAUUGAAUUGUAACAUGCAAGCAUUGACAGUUGUUUCCCUGAAAACAAACAGGACAUUUGCAGCCCGAGAUAGCCAUUCACAUGAGAUGCAUCAUAAGUGAACCUUAUCUCAGGAAAAUGAAGACACUUGUCCGGCUUGUCAGUGAUAGGAUUUAUGCAUUCUGCAAAAUGAAUACAAAGGCAUUAGUUUGCAGAGUACAGCAUAACUAAUUGGACAUGUUCCUCUGCACAGUAUACAUGGCUGAAAGCCAGUUUGCAGCUCAACAGCUGCUACCAGAGUUCCUUGGCUGACUUCAAUGCAGUCAGAUUGAUUUUAACUUAUAUUAAAGGUGUAUGCAAUGUUAGCUGACUGAACACUGGUAGUAGACAUUAGGAGCCUCAUUUCUUACUCCGUGGUACAAAGCCAUUUCAGGACUAGCAAAGGAAAGUUGUUUAAAAAGUUGUAUUGUCACACCCUAAAGAGUUUAGCACCGAGUGAUCAAACUACGGGUAGUACCCCUUAACAUAGAGGCUACCCAUGCAUACAUUGUUUUCAUAGUGGCCAAAGACAUAAUCCAUUGCCAUUAUUUUGCUGUCAGUGUUUCAUAAUCCUCCAUAAUCUAUAUUGUUUAAAAUAGUUGAUAUUUUAAAGAAUAUUAACAGAUUACACACUGUGUUAUUUGAUACUAUGAAUUGUGCUGUGAAGAAUGGUUUUCCUCUCUUUCCAAAGAUUGUCGAGAUCUCUUAUUCAGAAAAGAUUUGAAGCGUUGGAUAUCUCGUGUGACUGAAGUGACGAUAGUGCAUUCCAGUGGAAGUGUAAAUACCUAGCAAGUCAUUAUCAGGUGACAGACUUGUGAACUCUAGCAAGUGUGAUAUAAGCAUUAAGGACACCAAGCAAAGUGAAAAGUGCUCCCGCUAGAGGCCGUGACCUGGAGGAGAGGGGCAGCCAGGCCACCACUAGUCACCACAACCCCAAAGCUACAUGCCACAAAUGUUUGUUAAUCAUCAUAGCCUCAUCUCAUUUUUAUAAACAGUUGUAUUGUUUCUAUUGAUUUUCAGUGUCUUCAUUUCCAUCUUGUAUAUGUAUGUAUAUUUGUGUGUUUAUUGUAUAUAUAUUAUAGAUAUCUACAUGUAUGUCUAUAUAUUUAGAUAUUUGUGUAUAUAUAUAAAUAUAUAUGAUAUGUGUUUCAAAUCUUUUCUACACAUUAUAUUUAUAAACACUGUCUUCCAUCAACUAAUAAUUAGCCAUUUGCUUGGUCAGUCAACAGUCAGUAAAUUUCAAAGUCUGGAUCAACGUGUGAUGAUCUGACCUGCUGAGCUAGUCUGUGAGUGUCAAGAAAGGUGUUAGGCAAGAGAAAGUACUGAUCUUUUGUGCUACAUACAAUUUUUUUUUAAUAAGACUGAUCAAAUUUUAUUUAAUGUUGCUUUUCCUCAUUAGUAAUGCCCACCUAACAAAUGCUUUGAUACAAGUAACCAGAACACCUGGUGGCCCCUUAGGGAGGCAGGCAUGUCCCGGUGAGCCGAGUGCCCAGUGCUGGUGGGUAGGAACGGUGAGGGCGGGUGGCUGUCCAUGUGUAGCUUGGGCUGUUGUGUUGAGGCAAGUAGUCCUGACCGUGCCAGUCACUACCCCUCAGUGUUGCUUGUCACCUUCCCAUGCUACAAAGGGAAAAGUCUCAAUAAAGUGCUCUUUGGUCAAA